GAAACGAAAUGAAUUAGUAACAAGUAACAAAGCUGAACAACAACAGUAAACGCCUUCCGCUUUUGUAUGGGGGUAGUCGAAUAGUUUACAUGUCCACAGCUGUCCAACGGUCAAAAUUUUGCCAUCAAUAAGUGAAAUCUUGGGUUCAGCAGUCACAGUAGAGCCACCAUGUCGAACUACGGAACCAUACGAGAGUACCGAGAUGACCCCAACUACCGAGAGUAUCGAGACAGCGAUGACUCGUCUUCCGUCAGCGAGAUCACCGAGACCAUUCGCAGCAACAUCUUCAAGGUCAACAAUGGCGCCAAUGUGUUGGAGCGCACCAUGAAAACGCUGGGCACUCCCAGGGACAACACACAGCUACGAGACAAAAUUCAUGAAACUUCGCAGAGCACGAACAAAGUUGUCCAAGCGACCACUCGUCUUCUACGCACGGCAGCCACAAAGAGGGCAGACAGACAACAGAAAAUCCAGUUGGAUUUAUUGAAAAGCAAUUUCCAAGAUGCAGUCCAGAGAUUUCAGCAGUUGCAAAAGAAAGUGGCUGAGAAAGCGAAGAGCUCUGUCAAACUGGGGAAUCAGUCUUCCCAGCAGCCUCUUAUUGGAAUAGCGGACGACGACGACCGCACGGCUCUUGUCCAGGAGGAACAGCAGCGAGUACAGCAACUACAGGAGCAGGAGGCCGUGAUUGAGGACGACCUGGCCCUCAUACGGGAGAGAGAGGAGAGGAUACAUCAGUUGGAGUCGGAUAUUUUAGACGUCAACGAAAUCUUCCGUGAGCUCGGAGCUUUGGUACACACACAGGGAGAGGUUUUGGACACAAUUGACAGCAAUGUGGAGGCCGCUGCCAGUCACGUGGAGGAAGGCAACGAGCAGUUGGUGAAGGCUGCUGAGUACCAGCGGAAGUCGAGGAAGAAGAUGUGCUGUCUGGCUGUGAUUCUCCUUGUCAUCGCCAUCAUCGUCACCAUCAUCAUCGUGGUUGCAAUCAAAUCCUAAGUCUCGGAAUUGUCCCGAUUGCUUUUGCGCUCGUUGCUGAAUCGAUCAAACGGAUUGACGUUCCCGAAGAUCAAGAGAAUGAUGUUGAAAAGAAGUAUUGAGGACGGAUUCAGAUUAGGAAUGGAGUGUUGGGUGCAAGAUUUCAGGAAAAUAUGUUGUUGCCAAAGGCGGCUUCAAGUUGUGUCAACUGAUUUUUUUUUCCUGUAAUUUAUAAGCAUCGAUGCUUAAUCAUUCCACAUAAUAUUCUUGUUUUGUUUUUGUUUUUUUAUUUGUAUUUUCGUUUUUGUACUAUUUUUAUCUUCAUGAAGUGGGAGAUUUUUAGUUAAAAUGAAAAUGUUUUUUGUUUGUUUUUUAAUACCUUUUCAAUUGGAAAAUCGAUUCCCGAUUUCUUGAGCCUAUGAUAUUUUUAUGAAAUGUUCCUGUUUGUGUUUUGUACUUGGACUUGCUGCAGCUAUGUCGUGUGUUGUUUAUGACUCUCAAGGUCGUUGUUCAUGCUCAGAAAGUAUGUGAGUGGGUGGUUGGCAGGUGCUCUGGUGUGGUUUGCUCCUUUUUUCCUAUCAAACAUCUAUCGUCUUUAUCUCCCCUCCUUCUUUUUUGUGUUUGUUACUCUCUUGUAACACCUCUAAUCUUCGGCACUUAUAUAACCUUAUUGUGUUGCAAGUGCUGUAAAACUCUUACUGAAACUAAAAAAAGAAAGUAUGUGAUCCUGAAGAGGAAGAACAUACGUGUGUCAUAUUUGUGUGAAUAUUUUUCUGAACAAGCAAAUGAUUACUGUUAUCUGCUUAACUCGAAUAUUGUUUAUCGGAAAAAAAUGGCGGAAAAAGAAAAAA